AUGAAGCGCCCAGUAAAUCUUCACCACCUCUUUGAAGAUGGAAUUAUGAUGAAUCCAUCAGUAUUUUUGCGGAACUUUGAAGAAAAAGGAUUGAGAAGCGACAGACCUGACUAUCUGUUGAGUAAAGAGAAAAAGGUCUUUUCCUUUUGUGAAGUGUGCAAUAUACAACUGAAUUCAGCAGCACAGGCUCAGGUUCACUACAAUGGAAAGUCUCAUCUAAAAAGAGUAAAACAGCUGAAUAAUGGGAAGCUACCGACGAGCACAGCCUCGGGCACUUUGUUCAUGAACGCCAGCACGGGCAGUACAUGCCAUACGACUACUUUUCCUACCCUUGUUCGGACACCUACACUCAUGAUGCAACCUUCCCUGGAUAUCAAACCAUUUAUGUCCUUUCCAGUGGACAGCAGUUCUACAGUUGGACUCUUCCCCAAUUUCAACACUAUGGAUCCAGUGGAAAAAGCCGUCAUAAACCACACAUUUGGCGUGUCGCUUCCCCCAAAGAAGAAACAAGUCAUUUCUUGCAACGUCUGUCAACUUCGCUUUAACUCUGAUAGCCAGGCCGAGGCCCACUACAAAGGAAGUAAACAUGCCAAGAAGGUCAAAGCACUAGAGGCAACGAAAAAUAGACCCAAAGCUGGUGCUCCCAAGGACAGCACAAAGGGUAAUGCGAGCUGCUCUACCACGUCAGUCCCAGCCAGCAUCUCUGACAAAUCAGAAGACAGGGCAAACCUGAAAGCAAAUGGCUCAAGUCUGCUUCCAAAUGUUGAGACGGUCCCCUUUAUAUCUCCGUCGGGCACUACGGCAUCAGCCCCAGCAGGAGGAAGGCCCUCAUCAUCCACUUCCUCCAAGAGCACAAAUGGGACAACAAACACUGUUUCUGAGUCCGAAGAAGAGAAAGCCAAAAAAUUGCUUUACUGUUCAUUAUGCAAAGUGGCUGUGAACUCCCUUUCCCAGCUAGAAGCCCAUAACACGGGUUCCAAGCACAAGACCAUGGUUGAAGCUCGAAAUGGGGCCGGUCCAAUUAAGUCUUAUCCUAGACCUGGAUCCAGACUGAAGUCUCCAAAUAGCGUGAAAGGCUCAGGAUUGCAGAACAAGACGUUUCAUUGUGAGAUUUGUGAUGUCCAUGUCAAUUCAGAAAUUCAGCUUAAGCAGCAUAUUUCCAGCAGAAGACACAAAGACAGAGUUGCAGGGAAGCCUACCAAACCGAAAUACAGUCCUUACAACAAACUGCAGCGUAGUCCAAGUAUAUUAGCAGCAAAACUCGCAUUCCAGAAAGAUCUCGUUAAGCCCCUGGCACCUGCGUUCCUUUCAUCUCCUCUUGCUGCUGCAGUAUCAACGACUUUAUCUCUUCCCCCUCGUCCUUCUGCUGCUUUGUUCCAGGCGCCAGCAAUACCCACAGCUCUUCUAAGGGCAGGGCACGGCCCUAUCCGAGCUACUCCAACAUCAAUUCUUUUUGCACCUUACUGAUGUUUGAAUCAGCAGCAUACAACUACGGCCAUCUGGAAGAGAACAAGGAGGAAGCAAACAAGGAUUCCAUAUUUUUAAGUGGUUGCGUCUUGAAACCAACAUGCUUGAUUGCUUCCAGAAAACAGAAUCUCGAAUUCUUCGUUCACGGGUAUUAUGUUCUGGGCAACAUGGGCUUGUUGCUAGGGUUUUGAUUUUUUUAAAAAAGUAACUCAGAUCAAAGUUUACGGAAAAUGUUAUUGUGCACAAAAUGCAUCAAAGGUUCAUGUGUCUGCUUUUUAACAUGGAUGAAUCACAUCCAUUGUAAACAAGGAACAUGGAAUAUUUUCCUGACUGACUUGAAAACCAGGGUUUCCCCCCCUCACGUUGCCGUACACAGGCUCUGGAAACCAGCUGGAUAGAUUCUGGUGUGGAACUAACCUAAAAUGAAAAAAUUACUGGUAACAUCUCGGUAACAGAUUGCAACUUCUGACUGACUUCCUUCAUGCUCCUGUUGAAAAGGGGUUGUGUAUUGUUUUAGGCCUCAGUACUAGUGUAUCUUGUGUAGUACUCAAGAUUUUAUCUCUUGUCCGAUUUGAACUGUUUUAGUUGCUGUGUACAUGUUUGGAAGCAGAGCUGCCUUGAAGCUUUUUUUAAAUGUUAAUGUAUGUAUUUUAAUUUAACAUUUUAUUUAGAAAGAUUUCAGAAUAGAAAGCCAUAUAUCAGAUAGUUAUUAUGAAUCAUACCCUAUUUUCUCUUAACUUAUUUUGCUUCCCCCCUUUUUGCUUGCUGAUGCUGACCCACCAUUUCAGAAGACAGCAUCAUCAUUUAUAUGUUUAUUUCCGCUUACACUCAUUGUUUCCUAAGACGAUGGGCCUGUGUAUUUAUUCAUAAAUAUACAUAUAUAAAUAUAUAUAUAUAAAUAUAUUUUUUCCAUUUCUAAACUUCUUUCCUAUAUAACAAUGCCACAUGCCAUUGUGGCUCCCUAAUGCAAUAAUGUACAGAAGAUGAAAAAUGAUAAAAUAUAAUGGUCUCAUAUGUUGGCUAAAAUAUUGUUUUGGCCCCUCCUCAUUCCCUGGCUCCUCCCACUCUGUUUUGUAAAGGUGACCUGGAUGCUAAACAGCAUGGUGGGUUGGAUCCUAUGGAUUUGUUCUGCUAGCAAAGGCCUUUUACACCAGUGGAAGGAUCCUUCCCCUGACCCUCUUCCACGUGCCUGGCAUGAGAAGAUGACUUCCAACACUGGAGGAAAAUUUCUUCAGUAGCAGAACGAAUCCACGGGGUCUAACCCUGUGUGUGCAAUCAAGGGGAAACGAGUAAUUUCCAAAAACAAUCUGUAAAGAGUAAAAUAUAUGUGUAUUUUUUA